GAGCUCUUUCUCCGAUUGUCAGAAAUUUCUUUUCCACUGUGUGGGCAGGAGACAGAUUUUAACUGUCUCUAUUUUCUCCCUCUUUUUAUUUCAUUUUCCCGUCCUCCUCCCCCUUUCCUCUUGCAUUCCUUCCUUUCUCUGCUCCUUCCCUUGUCUCCCUCCCUCCCCCCUUCCCUCCCUCCCUCUGUCUCUUAUUUUUUUCCCCUGUCUCCCUUUCUAUUGCAAAUAAUGGCUCGGGAGUAGCAGUGGGACCCGGCGGGCUCUGCGUGCGGGAGCCAUGCCUUCAUCGCAAGAGUGAUGAACUGCAACAGCGCCAAAGAUGCUGGGACUCGGCACGUGCUCCCUCAGCGCCCAGGCGCUCCCCGAGGCCCGCGCCCUGGCGCCGGGCAGGGCGGCUGAGCCGGACGCCGGCUCCCAGCGCUACGUCCUGGCCCUGCCCGAGGAGGAGACGUGGCGCAAGCACCGGCUCGGCCUCAUGCAGACCACCCAGUCCUGCAACCUGCUGGAGCCCCAGAGCCUGGCGGAGGCGCUGGUGUCGCGCGCGGCCAGCUUCGACGCCCUCUACGAGCCGCGGCCCCGCGAUGCCGAGGCCGGCGGCACCUUCGACCUGGGCCUCGGCCAGUACGUCCCCGUGAGCCCGGACGUGAUCAAGCGCCGCCGGGGCGGGCUGAUUGAGCAGAGGGACAUCAUCAAAGCGCACGAGGCUCACAAGAUGCAGAGCACGCCGCAGGCGCGGAGGAAGGAGUGGGAGAUGGCUCGCUUUGGGGAGGCGGUGGCUGGCAGGCUGGGCUCUGGAGAUGGAGGGUCUGACCAGAACAGGAGCCGGCAAGGAGCUCCUGCCCCUGCGGGAGGCACCCCGGGAGCCUUCAAGCAAACCAAAGCGCAGAGAGCCCGGACUAUGGCUCUGUACAACCCCAUCCCUGUCCGGCAGAACUGCUUCACUGUCAACAGAUCAUUGUUCCUCUUUGGGGAAGAGAACAUAGUCAGGAAAUACGCCAAGAAGCUCAUCGACUGGCCUCCCUUUGAGUACAUGAUCCUGGCAACCAUCAUUGCCAACUGCAUCGUGCUGGCCCUCGAGCAGCACCUUCCGGAGGAUGACAAGACACCCAUGUCACGGAGAUUAGAGAAGACAGAGCCGUACUUCAUCGGGAUUUUUUGCUUCGAGGCUGGGAUUAAGAUUGUUGCUCUUGGAUUCGUUUUCCACAAGGGCUCGUACCUGCGCAACGGCUGGAACGUCAUGGACUUCAUCGUGGUCCUCAGCGGCAUCCUUGCCACUGCUGGGACGCACUUCAACACACACGUGGACCUGCGGACCCUGCGGGCCGUGCGCGUGCUCAGACCUCUGAAGCUCGUCUCAGGCAUUCCUAGUCUACAGAUUGUGCUGAAAUCCAUCAUGAAGGCCAUGGUGCCUCUUCUCCAGAUUGGCUUGCUGCUCUUUUUCGCUAUUCUGAUGUUUGCCAUCAUCGGCCUGGAGUUUUACAGUGGGAAACUGCACCGGGCCUGCUACACAAACAAUUCAGGUGAACUAGAGGAGCUGGACCCCCCUCAUCCAUGCGGGGUGCAGGGUUGCCCCCCAGGUUACGAGUGCCGGGAGUGGAUCGGUCCCAAUGACGGGAUCACACAGUUCGACAACAUCCUCUUUGCUGUGUUGACCGUCUUCCAGUGCAUUACCAUGGAAGGGUGGACCACAGUCCUGUACAAUACCAAUGAUGCCUUAGGAGCCACCUGGAACUGGCUGUACUUCAUCCCCCUCAUCAUCAUUGGAUCCUUCUUUGUCCUCAACCUUGUUCUGGGGGUGCUGUCAGGGGAGUUCGCCAAAGAGCGAGAGAGAGUGGAGAAUCGCCGAGCCUUCAUGAAGCUGCGGCGCCAGCAGCAGAUCGAGCGGGAGCUGAACGGCUAUCGUGCCUGGAUAGACAAAGCAGAGGAAGUCAUGCUGGCUGAAGAGAACAAAAACACUGGGACUUCAGCCUUAGAAGUGCUCAGGCGAGCAACCAUCAAAAGGAACCGGACAGACGCCAUGAAUCGCGACUCCAGUGAUGAGCACUGUGUUGACAUUGCCUCUGUGGGUGAGCGGAGGCUGGCUCAGAGAAGACCUCUUCAUCCAAACAUGGGUAACCCCUUGAGUCGCUCCAGCAUGAAAGGUGCCAGAUUUAGCGGUGCCUCUUAUUUCCGACACAAAGAGCGACUCCUGCGCAUCUCCGUCCGCCACAUGGUGAAAUCCCAGGUCUUCUACUGGAUUGUCUUGAGCCUGGUGGCUCUCAACACUGCCUGUGUGGCCAUCGUCCACCACAACCAGCCAGCCUGGCUCACCCACUUCCUCUACUAUGCAGAGUUCCUGUUCCUUGGGCUCUUCCUCCUGGAGAUGUCCUUAAAGAUGUAUGGGAUGGGGCCGCGCCUUUACUUCCAUUCUUCGUUCAACUGCUUUGACUGUGGGGUCACAGUGGGAAGCAUCUUCGAAGUGGUUUGGGCUAUCUUCAGACCAGGGACUUCUUUUGGGAUCAGUGUCCUACGAGCCCUCCGGCUCCUGAGAAUAUUUAAAAUAACCAAGUAUUGGGCAUCCCUGAGGAAUUUGGUGGUCUCACUGAUGAGCUCCAUGAAAUCUAUUAUCAGCCUGCUCUUCCUCCUCUUCCUCUUCAUUGUAGUCUUUGCCCUGUUGGGAAUGCAGCUGUUCGGAGGCAGGUUUAAUUUUAUUGAUGGGACACCUUCAGCCAACUUCGACACUUUCCCUGCAGCCAUCAUGACAGUGUUCCAGAUCCUGACGGGUGAGGACUGGAACGAGGUGAUGUACAAUGGCAUCCGCUCCCAGGGAGGUGUUCGCUCAGGCAUGUGGUCCUCCAUCUAUUUCAUUGUCCUCACCUUGUUUGGAAACUAUACUCUGCUGAACGUUUUCUUGGCCAUUGCCGUGGACAACCUGGCCAAUGCUCAGGAGCUCACCAAGGAUGAGCAGGAGGAAGAGGAGGCCUUUAACCAGAAGCACGCCCUUCAGAAAGCCAAAGAAGUCAGCCCAAUGUCCGCCCCAAACAUGCCUGCUAUCGAAAGAGACAGGCGAAGGAGACACCACAUGUCGAUGUGGGAGCCACGCAGCAGCCACCUACGGGAGCGGCGCCGGCGGCACCACAUGUCGGUGUGGGAGCAGCGCACCAGCCAGCUCCGGCGGCACAUGCAGAUGUCCAGCCAGGAGGGCAUCAACAAGGACGAGCCGCCGCUCAUCAACCCGCACGCCAGCAUCUUCCGCAGGAAGAAGCCCGGGGAAGGCGCCGGGCUGGAGAAGUGCGAGGCGGAGCAGGGUGGCAAGGGCGAGCGGCCGCCAGCCGAAGGCCCCGAGCAGCCGGCCCCGGGGGCCAACCCUGGUGAGGACAGGAGGAGCCCAUCGCCCCGGGCCAAGCGGGACAAGGAGCCGUGGCACCAGAAGUCGUGCCACGGGAACUGUGAGCCAGGCGAGCAGGAUGGGAGCGGAGGAGGGAUCGAGGACAGAGCCCGGCUGAGACAGAGCCAGCGGCGUAGCCGGCACCGGAAAGUGAGGACCGAUGGGAAGGAGCCUGCCGGGGCCCUGGAGAGCCGCUCAGCCAGCCAGGAAACGGGCCUGGAGGAGGCCGGGCCCGCGGAGGGGGUGCAGGAUGGAGACCGGCACGGGGCUGCCAUUGCAACGGAGGACCUGAUUCAGGGGGAGCCGGAGGCGAGCCAGGAGACUGCAAGGACAAACGGGGUCCCUGCUGCCGAGCUGGUUGGGACCACCGAAGAGGGAAGCCCCCGGCAAGCUGUGCCCGAGCUGGGCCAGGGGAAGAAUGGCAGCCUCACUGAGCAGGACUGCAGCAGCCUGGACACCAGCGAGCAAGCCCUGCUGGGCAGCCUGCAGCUGGAGGCAAGUCGUGCCGUGAGCAGGAGCGAGCCUGACCUCUCCUCCAUCACCGCCAACACUGAGAAGGCCACGGAGAGCACCACCAUCAUGAUCGAUGUCCAAGACUCCACUGUGGUGCAGAUUAGCAACAAGACAGACGGAGAAGCCAGCCCCUUAAAGGAGGCAGAGACCAAAGAAGAUGAGGAGGAGAUGGAGAAGAAGAAACGGAAGAAAGAGAAAAGUGAGACGGGCAAAGCAAUGGUGCCUCACAGUUCCAUGUUCAUCUUCAGCACGACAAAUCCGGUGCGGAGGGCCUGCCACUACAUCGUGAACCUGCGCUACUUCGAGAUGUGCAUCCUCCUGGUGAUUGCGGCCAGCAGCAUCGCCCUGGCAGCAGAGGAUCCCGUACUGACCAACUCCGAUCGCAACAAAGUCCUGAGGUAUUUUGACUACGUUUUCACUGGUGUCUUCACCUUUGAGAUGGUUAUCAAGAUGAUCGAUCAGGGCUUGAUCCUGCAGGACGGCUCCUACUUCCGAGACCUCUGGAAUAUUCUGGAUUUCAUUGUGGUGGUGGGAGCACUGGUGGCUUUCGCCUUGGCGACCAACAAAGGCCGGGAUAUCAAGACCAUCAAGUCUCUCCGUGUGCUGCGAGUCUUGAGGCCUCUGAAAACCAUCAAGCGACUGCCCAAACUCAAGGCUGUCUUUGACUGCGUUGUGACUUCGCUGAAGAACGUCUUCAAUAUCCUUAUUGUCUACAAGCUCUUCAUGUUCAUCUUUGCUGUCAUUGCUGUCCAGCUCUUCAAGGGGAAAUUUUUCUACUGUACUGACAGCUCUAAGGACACGGAGAAAGACUGCAUAGGAAACUAUGUGGACCACGAGAAGAACAAGAUGGAAGUGAAGUGCCGGGAAUGGAAACGCCAUGAAUUUCACUAUGACAAUAUAAUCUGGGCCUUGCUCACCCUGUUCACGGUCUCCACUGGUGAAGGCUGGCCCCAGGUGCUGCAACAUUCGGUGGAUGUGACGGAGGAGGACCGUGGGCCCAGCCGCAGUAACCGCAUGGAGAUGUCCAUUUUUUAUGUCGUCUAUUUUGUGGUCUUCCCUUUCUUCUUUGUCAACAUUUUUGUGGCUCUCAUCAUCAUCACGUUCCAAGAGCAAGGAGACAAAAUGAUGGAGGAGUGCAGUCUGGAGAAGAAUGAGAGAGCCUGUAUUGACUUUGCCAUCAGUGCCAAGCCCCUCACGCGCUACAUGCCACAGAACCGGCAUACCUUCCAGUACCGGGUCUGGCACUUUGUGGUCUCCCCAUCCUUUGAGUACACUAUCAUGGCCAUGAUAGCGUUGAACACCGUGGUGCUGAUGAUGAAGUACUAUUCUGCUCCGUACACCUAUGAGCUGGCCCUGAAGUACCUGAACAUUGCGUUCACCAUGGUGUUCUCCUUGGAGUGCAUCCUCAAGAUCAUUGCUUUCGGCUUCCUGAAUUAUUUCCGGGACACCUGGAACAUCUUUGACUUCAUCACCGUCAUUGGCAGCAUUACAGAGAUCAUCCUGACGGACACCAAGCUGGUGAACACCAGCAGCUUCAACAUGAGCUUUCUGAAGCUGUUCCGGGCUGCUCGGCUCAUCAAGCUGCUCCGCCAGGGUUACACUAUCCGGAUCCUGCUCUGGACUUUUGUGCAGUCCUUCAAGGCCCUGCCGUAUGUCUGCCUCUUGAUCGCGAUGCUUUUUUUCAUCUAUGCGAUCAUUGGGAUGCAGGUUUUUGGGAAUAUCAAACUCGAUGAGGAAAGCCACAUUAACCGGCACAACAACUUCCGCAGCUUCUUGGGCUCCCUGAUGCUCCUCUUCAGGAGUGCCACGGGAGAGGCGUGGCAGGAGAUCAUGCUGUCCUGCCUGGAGGGCAAAGGCUGUGAGCCAGACACCACAGCAACAUCUGGGCAGAGCGAGAACGAGCACUGUGGCACUGACCUGGCCUACGUUUACUUCGUCUCCUUCAUCUUCUUUUGCUCUUUCCUGAUGCUCAACCUGUUUGUGGCGGUCAUCAUGGACAAUUUUGAAUACCUGACUCGGGAUUCCUCCAUCCUGGGACCUCACCAUCUAGAUGAGUUUGUCCGGAUCUGGGCAGAGUAUGACAGAGCAGCGUGCGGCAGGAUCUCGUAUAAGGAUAUGUACAAAUUAGUACGGGUGAUCUCGCCUCCUCUGGGCCUAGGAGAGAACUGCCCCUACAGGGUGGCGUGCAAGAGAUUGGUGCUGAUGAACAUGCCAGUGGCUGAGGACAUGACAGUCCACUUUACCUCCACUUUGAUGGCACUGAUACGCACAGCCUUGGACAUCAAAAUUGCCAAAGGUGGUGCCGACUGGCAGCAGCUGGACUCUGAGCUUCAAAAGGAGAUCCUGACCAUUUGGCCUCAUCUGUCCCAGAAAGUGCUUGACCUGCUAGUACCCAUGCCAAAAACCUCUGACCUGACUGUUGGCAAAAUAUAUGCAGCCAUGAUGAUCAUGGAUUACUACAAGCAGAGCAAGGCGAAAAAGCAGAGGCAGCAGCUGGAGGAACAGAAAAAUGCUCCGAUGUUUCAGCGCAUGGAGCCUUCCUCUUUGCCGCAAGAAAUCAUCUCAAAUGCUAAGGCUCUGCCUUAUCUCCAGCAGGACACCCUCUCGGGUCUGAGCAGCCGUAGUGGGUUCCCUUCGCUGAGCCCGCUCUCGCCGCAGGAGAUUUUCCAGCUGGCAUGCAUGGAUUCAACACAUGGGCAGUUCCAGGAGCACCAGUCCCUGGAGCCAGAGGUUAGGGAGUUUCAAAGAGUGCAGCCCUCUAACCGUGGCAGCUACCUUCCCGUGGACACUCAGGACCACGCUGUAUCUGGGAGGGCCUCCUCCAUGCCUCGUCUCACUGUGGAUCCCCAGGUGGUCACAGACACUAGUUCCAUGCGGCGAUCGUUUUCCACCAUCCGGGACAAGCACACCAACAGCUCCUGGCUGGAUGAGUUCUCCAUGGAGCGGAGCAGCGAGAACACCUACAAGUCCCGCCGGCGCAGCUAUCACUCCUCGCUCCAGCUCUCCGCCCGACGCCUCAACGCUGACUCGGGCCACAGGUCUGAUGGCCAUCGCUCAGGUGGCAGGGAGCGGGGGCGAUCCAAAGAGCGUAAGCACUUGCUGUCCCCGGACAUCUCCCGCUGCAACUCGGAGGAGAGGAGCCCUCAGGCGCACGAUGAAUCUCCAGAGAGGCGGCGUGAGUCCCGGUCACCCAGCGAGGGCAGGUCGCAGACACCCAACAGGCAGGGAACGGGCUCCUUGAGCGAAAGCUCCAUCCCCUCCAUCUCGGACACCAGCACCCCCCGGCGAGGCCGCCGCCAGCUCCCGCCGGUGCCCCCCAAGCCACGUCCCCUCCUCUCCUACGCCUCCAUGCUGCGGCAUGCUGGAGACGCCUCGCCACCCCCCGAGGAGAGCGAGGGGGGGUCCCCGCUGCUCUCCAAGGCCCUGGAGCCCAACGCUGCCUGCCUGACCGAGUCUUCCAGCUCCCCGCAGGGGAAGCAGAGCCGGCAAUCCACCCCGCAGCGCUACAUCUCGGAGCCCUACCUGGCCCUGCACGACGACUCGCAUGCCUCGGACUGCGGGGAGGAGGAGACGCUCACCUUCGAAGCGGCCGUCGCCACCAGCCUCGGCCGCUCCAACACCAUCGGCUCGGCACCGCCGCUGCGGCACAGCUGGCAGAUGCCCAACGGGCACUACCGGCGGAGGAGGCGAGGCGCAGGGCAGGGCAUGAUGUGCGGGGCCAGCAUCGACGUGCUCAGCGACACUGAGGAAGACGAUAAGUGCUAGAAGCUGCCCUCUCCUUAGCCCCCUCCGCCCUGCCCUCUCCAAUGCAUGCUCUUCGCCACGCCUGGGAAUGAAACAGAACCAAAAUCAAAUGCAGGGGAAACAAAACAAAAAAAAAAACCAAACAGAACGGAAAAAAAAAAGUCUUUGUGCAAAAAAAAAAUUAAAAUCUGUCAACUUUCAUUUAUUACUAUCACUUUUUUUUUCUGCACAGAGAAGCAUUUGAUUGAAGGCGGAGCAGCCGGCGGCCCAGCCGGGCGCACGUGCUGGCGGGGUGAGCGACAGCCCUGCGGCCACAGCCCCUCUCCUCGCUCGCUGCCCCUCGGGGCACCCUGUGCAGGCCGACGCAGGACCCCCAGGAACGGCCGUCGUGAUGGCUUCCUGCUCCUCGAGCGUCUCCACAAGGGGAUGUCGGGGGCAUCCUAUGCUCUGUCACCCUGGUUCAUGCUGCCUGUGGCUUUGAGUUUCCUUCCCAGAGGGUCUCACGCCAGCCCGGAAAAGGGGCAAGCUGUUAAGGUGGGCUGCGGAGGGCCAGCAGGUUGGGGGCCAGUGGGCAGGUAGGAGCAACUCUGCCUGCCGGGAGGGGAAAAAACAAAACCGACUGGUUUGUACUGGGGCACAGGAUGCAGGGAGGAGAGAUGGGAGCAGGGAAGGGGGGCUCAGUGCUGCUGAAUGUAUCCCAUCUCGCACCAACGUAUAUUUAUUUAUAUACCAAGAACUCUAGGUGUGUGUGUGUAUAUACAGUAUGUGUGUGUAUAUAUAUUUAUAUGCUGUAUAUAUAAAGAUAUACACAUACAUGGAAUUGUUUUAGUCAUCUGACACAUUAAGCUGCCCAGGGCCGCCUUUGCCCUGGGAAGCCCCCAGCCAGUGGUUACAGUGGCCUGUGGGAAUUUUUAUUACCUGUACCCCAUUUGGUGCGGGCAGGACCGAGUCUCUCAUGCUCUCUGGGGAAUUGCUGGAAAUCAGUCAAUAUGAAAGAGAAGUAGAAAUUUCCCCUUGACCUCUUGCCCCCACCUCAGAAGUUUGCAGCAGCAUUAAUUUUGUUUGCAGGGUUAGAGCUGGCUGGAGCAAGGCAUGAGGACCUCACUGUGUUGCCUUCAGGCCCAUCUUCUCCUGGCCAUGCUGUGCUCCUGGGCAGCGAGCGGGGAGCCCAAGGGACAAGGGCAGGGCCGUUUCCCGGUCCCUCGUGGGUGUGGCUCACUUGGCACAAGCCUCUCUUUCUCCGCUGUGCUGUGAUGGCAAAACCGCAGCCAGCGCAGGAGGCAUCCUACCAGCUCCGGCAGGGCUUUGCAUGGGGUCUCUCUGCACCUUGCGUGUCAGCGGCACUUGGCUGCUGCACGGAGGUGCCCGCUGGGGCAGGCGGACGGCAGAGAGGCCUGUGUGCCCUCCCAGCACCCUGGUCCUGUCCAGGUCAGGCUGGGCACUACGGACAGAAGAGCACAACUUUUGGAGAGGUUUCGUGUGUGCGUGAUGUUGCGGUAAGAUCCCUGCUUGCUGGCAGCAGAGCCCAGCUUUGGCAGCUCCCCGCCUCAGUUUCCCCUGCGGCCUUUGCUGCUGCCCUCUCCUUGGAGCUGCUGCCCCUGCAGGGAUGGGCAAGGGGCUGAGGAUUUUGCUGCCAUCUGCAAACCCUUUGGCCCCAGCAUGGGGACCUCUGCGGGCUGGUGGGUGUUUGAGAGCCGGCUGUGGCUUUCGGAGGGGAGCACAGCCCGUGGGCAGAGAGCAGGCACUCAGGUGGCUACGGGGAUGGAGGGGCUGCCGGGAGAGGGGCUGCCCUGCUGUGCCCCACUCCGGGAGGGCAGAUGCGCCGGCGGGCUCAGCUCGAGCCUCCAAGGCGGUUGGGGUCGGUGUGGACGGUCUGCGCCCUGUGCUCUGGGUACGCUGGGGUGCCAGCUCGGGGCAGACGCAGCUGUGCCUGCUUGCAGAGCGCAGUGCCAUAAGAGCCGAGCCGUUCCUGAGGUUAAGCUGGCUGGUAAUGCUACUUAAUGUGCAAAUAUUGAAAAUGCAGUGCAGGGCCAACUUCCAGCUCCAGUCAUUAAUUAAUCUGGUAAUUACAUGCUGUCAACUCUAAUUCUCUCCUCUGCACACACACUGGGCUGUGGGUGCGGUACUUCACCUGCCAGGACGGGGAGAUGUUAGUGGACUUGUGGCUGUUGGCCUCUCACUGUAGAGAUCAGCUAUGUUUCUGCUGGGCAUGCAGUGAGUUUUGUACGUCGUGAGCCUGAGGGUGGUCCUGCAGAGCUGGAGAGCGUUGUGCUCUUUGGUGCCUCAGGGAAGGACUCACUCUGGGAGCUGGAGGUCGGGACAGCGGUGGGUUUGGUCAGUGUAGUUGGACUGUGCGCGUCCAGGUGCAGAGGUGGGAGAUGGCCUUAAGCCUGCUUGCACCAUGAGCCGGCUGAGCCAGGCAAAGGGGGACAAUGCAGCCCCUGUCUCUGUCCUUCUCCCUCCGGCUGCUUUGCUCUGCUGAGGGUUAUUGUGGUCCCUUUCCUCCUGGCUGUCUCCAAGCCCUCUGGCCAGCUGAAUGGAGCUCUGGUCAAGCAAUGCUUUAGUCCAUCCUGCCCCCAGAUAACCAGCUUCUCCUGCCCUGAUCCUGCAUGUGCAGCUCAGCUGCUGCCUCCCAAUCACUUACUGAGCUCCUCAAAAGCAGCUCUGCUUUGUGAGAAACGAAUUCUGCCAUCUCCAAAAGCUGCCCAGUUCCUGGGUUUAGUCAUGAACCAAAUGUCUUUUUUCUAAUUGCCAAAUUGUCCUCUCCUCGUCCAAAAAAACGGGCUUUUCAUAUGGGCCAAAACCUCUUGCUGUCUUGAAACGUCCCUCCUGGCUGGUGGUACCUCUGCUCUCCUGCUGGCUGAUGGACCCGCAUCCCUGCAACCCCCACACGAGCCCUUCGCUUUCUUUCUGGACAGACACUUUUAUCUGCCAAAUGGUACAAAAGUCCCCAGGAAACCCUCUCCACGCUGCUCUCCUCACCCAGCCUCUGUGCUCCCCAUCCCAUGUUUCAGGGCAAGUCAUGCCCCAUGCAGCUGUGGGGAAGGUCCCUGGUGCUGGCUGGCGGCAUGGACAGUGCCCAUCCCCUUCCAGCCGUCGGGAUGUGGUUCAUGCUUUGAACCCCAGGCUGCUUGGCACCAGGCUCCCGCGGGUGCUCCAGCCAGGCCCAAUAGGCAGCGUGGGACUGCGUGGAGGCACUGGGAUGGAGUGGGAGGCGGCCUUGCAGGCUGGGGGAGGAGAUGCCGUACGCGCUAUAAAUAAAGAGGCUGCAUCGUCUGCUUCUAAAUGCAGAAAGGUGCCUGACAAUAAGCCGUGCUCUGAGUAACAACCUGAGGGUAGGUGAGGAGGUGGCUUUUUGUGUCUGUGCGAGCUGGGUGGGCGGGAAGCUCUCAAAGGCAGGGAGAAGGCCGGCGGGGAGGGGAUAUCAUGUGGAUUCAAAGCUUUGGGCAUUUGCUUUCCUCUGACCCAGAACAGGGCCAGCAAGUAGCGUGCAGUGAUGCUUUGCAGUAUUUCUUAGCAAAUCUUGUAAAAGAAAGCUGGCCUCUUUCAGCACUGAGGUCACAGUCUGCCUGUACAGGGGAUCAGAAGGGAUGUGGGGUUAUUUAGUGGGUUUCCAGGCUUUUUGUGGGACUGAUUGGGUGCAGCAGUGGUGCAGGGUUGGCUUUCCGGUGCAUUGGGACGUACUGGGAGGGACUGGUUUGCAGCAGUGGGCUGCAAUGUGCUGGCUCUUCGGGAGAAGCUGAGGUGGGGUGGGGGUCCCAACGCUGGAGCAGUUUCGAAGCCUGACCAAGUUUUGGGGUUGACGUGGGUAUGAGGGAGCUAGCGAAGCAUUUGCACCUGUGCCGUGCUGGAAGAUCUCUGCGUGGCUGUGGUGUUGCCACCCGACGCGUGCUGGGUGACUGGCUCGAGUGCGCAGGACACGAGCUGCCUGGGCCUUGUGCUCACCGUGGAGCGGCCUCCUCGCCUGCAUCUCGCUGAACACCAGCUGUGGGUCAAACCCGACCUGAGCUGGACCUGAGCUUUUCUUCUUGUAAGAUCUGUGUUUUACUAACAUACGGAAAGUGUGUAUAUGAAGCAAAACCAAACCCUGGGGUUGGGAGCCCUUUCUUUCCUGGUGAUCCCCUGAAAAUGGCCUGAUCCUGUCUACUGUGCAGUACCCAGUAGUCCUGCUCCCACGCCUGGAGACGGGAGGGCAGGCCAGGGACCCAUGGGGACAUGGUGGCACCUCCAAAGCAAGCCUGUAAAACCAAAAUCAGCCCCUAGGAGGACUGAGGAAAAGAGGGGAGAAAACCAGGCUCCGAGGCACUGUUGCAGCCUGCAUCUCUCUUUUUUAAGUCGCUGGACUCAUUUUGCUGCUGUACAAUGUCUCUUCCAUGACAUAAGAGGCUUUUUGGACCUAGAGACCUUUCCUUCACCUCGGAGACACCAAGGGGAUCCUGCUGCUAAGACCUCCACCUGCGGUCAGGCCACUGCUGACGGAGACGGCACGUCCACACCAAGGGGACUUCAGCUCUCAGGCACCCUGGGGGCACUGGGUGCUGAUUUUCCGGCUGCUCCGGCAUGGCAGGUGAUGACUUGUACCCAUGUCAGGAGACAACUCUGCUGGACAUGGGGCUCGGGAAGGCGUAAAGGGGCAUUUUGUGGAGGUGGUUGACUGCGGUUGGCCGUGGUGGGAUGAGGAAAUGGGGACGUGUUUCAACUUCUGCUUAUGGGCCUGGUGCUCUGGGACAAACCGCCGCCCAGGCACAAAUUCGCCAGUCCUGUGCAACUGGUUCCCAGUUGGUGCUGGGGACUGGACUCAAACUGGCGGCCAGGCAAGCAGGAGACUGGAGGGAGGGUGGAGCUGAAGAGCCACCACUCUCCUGCCAUUUCCGCUGUGCUGCAGCCCUGGAAAUCUCGGUGAGGAGCCCGGUGGCUCCGGCGACGCUCCCGGGCACCCAGAGCCGAGCAAGGAGGAGAUGCUCUGCCUUUGGCUCACCCCGGCGGUGCAUCGGAUGCCGGCCCUGGACGCGGGCUCCACACUGCCUGCCGGCCAGUGGAGAUUUCUGUAACAUAACAUGCUCGUUCAGACCCAACCAGGGAAACAAACUGACUGACGGCGAUGUACAACUUCUAUGUUUUUUGUCAAAAGGAAAGAAAAAUAAAACCUUGUUGUAAAGAAC